GACUCAACUGUUCUGUUCGUCCGUAGCCAUGGCCCGUACCAAGCAGACUGCCAGGAAAUCCACCGGUGGCAAGGCGCCCCGCAAGCAGCUGGCCACCAAGGCCGCUCGCAAGUCGGCCCCGGCCACCGGAGGAGUCAAGAAGCCUCACCGCUACAGGCCCGGGACCGUGGCCCUCCGUGAGAUCCGCCGCUACCAGAAGAGCACCGAGCUCCUCAUCAGGAAGCUGCCCUUCCAACGUCUGGUGCGCGAGAUCGCCCAGGAUUUCAAGACCGAUCUCCGCUUCCAGUCCUCUGCCGUCAUGGCUCUGCAGGAAGCCUCCGAGGCCUACCUCGUCGGUCUCUUCGAGGACACCAACCUCUGCGCCAUCCACGCCAAGCGUGUCACCAUCAUGCCAAAGGACAUCCAGCUGGCCCGUCGCAUUCGCGGCGAGCGUGCCUAAGCGGGCGUUG